AUGGGUCUCUUCGACUCGGACGAACACACUCGGCACAUCAACGACCUACUGAAAGAAUGGCACGUCCCCGGCCUCUCCAUCGCCCUCGUCCAAGAUGACGAGAUCAUCUCAAGAGGCUACGGUUAUGCUUCCCUCGAACAGAAGAAAUCAUGCACAGGCGACACGAUAUACGACUUUGCUUCUUGCAGCAAGUCCCUCACAGCUGCUUCUGUGGCUCUAGUGGUGGCGGAUGAUGAGAAAUUCCCUCUGGUCAAGUGGGAUAGUAAGAUGUGUGAUCUUCUGCCGGAGGACUUUGUCAUGAGUGAGGAGAGUUAUACGAGAGAAGUCACUGUUGAGGAUGUUUUGAGUCAUCGGACUGGUCUUGCUGCGCAUGACUUCUCGUACUUUGGCGCAACACCUCUGAGUAGCCCGGAAAGCGACUUCGCCAAUCUGAAUGUCAAGACAGGAGAGGUUGAUUCAGCGAAGACAAUCACCAGAAAUCUUCGGAGUCUUGCUAUCAGCCAACCGUACUGCAACCUCAUGUUCACUGUUGCUACCCAUCUGGUCGAGACACUCACCACCAAGUCCUUCGCGGAGAUCCUACUAGGAUGGUUCUCCAAGCCCCUGGGUAUGACAGCCUCGUAUCUUCAACCACAGGCAGCCAUCGAUGCUGGCCUUGAAGAUCGCAUGGCGAUUCCGUACAAAUACGACGAUGACAACGACAUGUACAAGCCGAUACCAUGGCUGGAAUCUCCCGAGGCGCAAGGAGCUGGCUCGAUAUAUACCUCUGCUAAUGACUAUGCUAAGUAUAUCAAAGCGAUCAUGAAGAGGGAGGAUACAUUUACUGAGGACAUCGUGAAAGGAUUGACGAAGCCGAGGACUUUUGAAGAUGACGAGGUUGAGGAUGAUAAGAGGUCUCCGAUGACUUCUUGGACUGCUUAUGCUGCUGGGUGGGAUGUUAAAUAG